AUGGCGUCAAUGACCAUGGCAGCAUCUUUCCUAGCUGGAUCCACCAUGAUCGCCAAGCCCAUCACAGCUCCACGCAGAGGCCUGAUCAUGGCGGCCAAGGCAUCAUCAUCAUCAUCCAAUGAUGUGGAGAUCAAGAACAACAAGAAGGAAGAGAGCAACAACGGAAGGAGGGAUCUGAUGUUCGGAGCUGCUGCAGCAGCAGCUUACUCCAUUGCCAGAGCUGCCAUGGCCGAUGAAGAUGAGCCCAAGAGAGGUACCCCACAGGCCAAGAAGAAGUAUGCCCCUGUUUGUGUCACCAAUCCUACUGCUCGCAUCUGUCGCUACUGA